GAGCCAUUUAGGAUUCAGCCAUCUUCCUAUCGAAGCUCAGGGGUCCUUCUGGCAGAUUGUUAGCUACCUUUGUUUACAUACACGUCACCAGGAAGUGGAACAAACUUCGAAAUGUUAAGACAGGAUUCUCAGGGUGAUGUUCCACUUUUUGACGAGGAUGAGAACGUACACUACAGAAGCAAGUCCAAAAUCCAACAUCCUUUGGCCACUUUCUUCCACCUUUUCUUCCGUGUAAGUGCUAUCUUGGUCUAUCUGUUGUGUGAACUCAUCAGCAGUAGCUUCAUUGCCUGCAUGGUCACCAUCAUUCUCCUGCUGUCAUGUGACUUUUGGACCGUAAAGAAUGUGACCGGGCGUCUGCUGGUGGGCCUGAGGUGGUGGAAUCAAGUGGAUGAGAAUGGGAAGAGCCACUGGGUGUUCGAGUCUCGAAAGGAAACCAGCAGAAAAAUUGUCUCGAGUUCAGAAUCAAGGAUUUUCUGGCUUGGCCUUGUUGUGUGUCCUAUCUUAUGGGUGUUCUUUGUGUUUUCUUCUCUAUUUUCCUUUAAGAUAAAGUGGCUGGCGGUGGUGAUUAUGGGAGUUGUGUUACAGUGGGCUAACCUCUAUGGGUAUGUCAAGUGCAAAGUCGGGGCUGGAACCAAUCUGAAAAGCAUGGCAACCAACUAUCUUGGCCUCCAGCUUUUUAAGCAGGCAAUGAACAAAUCACAAAGCCCCUAAUGUACCUUCAAGGAUUUGACACCGUUGGCGCUGCUUAAUGUUCUAAUUUAUUUUCUUGUACUGACAUUCAGUGGGAAUCUCUGUUCUUGCAAAAAAUAUUUUUUUCUGACUUAGUGCAUCUGGGCCUUUGUUUUUAUUUUUAAACACUUUACGAUGUUUCCGUUCCGAAUACAGCUCACAUUGUAAAAUAUAAAAAAUGCAAUAUGUCAUCAAUAUGUGUCAAGUUCUUAAUAGAAUGAAUUGUUGUAUAUUGUGAGAGGGAUGAUUCUAGUUCACUUAAUAAUUCCAUUAAUGAUGAUACUUUUCAAUUACAAUGACAAUAGCCAUGAUAAUUGCAAAUAAAUUUCUGAAAUGUGGUUGAAAAUAGCAGACAAGAAAAGCACGAUUAAAUGAAUUAUGUGCAGUCAAUUUUUUUUUAUUUAUGUUAUGAUGAUGAAAUUUAACAAGUUCAAUGACUGGGGAAAAUUCCCAGCAUGUGGCAGAUUUUCUUAUCCAGAAUGACCUAUAUUUAGCACAUUUACUGUAUAUAACUGAGGACUUCUACUCCGUUCGACUGCACCCUGAACGUGACUCUGCCAUCUGGUGUUGCUGCUUUUCAAUAAACAUUGAUCAGAUUGCCAAA